AUGAGGCUUAAAAUAGUCAUGGUGUGUUUCAUAUAUUUGUUCAUGGCAACAAAAGUGAAUAGCUAUGUGGGCAUAACAUGGGGCAGGCUACAAUCACAGGAAUUGGUUCCAUCAGUGGUUGUUGACUUGCUUUUGCAAAACAAGAUUCCAGCAUUGAGAUUAAUGACUUCAGGUUAUGAUAUCAUUGAAGUUUUUUCAGCCACAAAUAUUAGUAUCAGUAUUACUUUGGGAAAUCAGUUCGUGUGGCAAGCACAUAGGAAAGACCUUGCAUAUGUAUGGGUAAACGAUCGAAUCAAGGAUCCAAUCAACAAAGGUGUAAAAAUAGUGGAAGUAACCGUUGGGUCUGAACCAUUUUCGAAUACGUUCUUGAAAGAAGCAAAGAGUGAUAAUAUGGCGAGCGUGUUAAGGCUCAUGCGAGAAACUCUUGAUGAGGUGGGUUUAGGGUAUGUCAAAACGACGACUGGCCAUGGCAUAGAUGUGCUAAAGGUCACGAAAUUUCCGUCUGAGGCUGACUUUCGCGACGACAUAAAAGGACCAAUGCUUGAUUCACUAGAUCAGUUCAAUAAAACCGGAACCCCCUUUGUUCUCUACAUGUUCCCGAUCCAUUUCGUUAAAGAGGUACUGAAUUACACUAUGGAAUUUGCAUUCUUGGAUAAUAAGAGCGGGUUCAAAAUACAAGAUGGUAAUUUUACAUACACGAAUGCUGUGGAGUUAAUGAUCGAUUCCCUUGCAUGGGCAUUGAAGAAAGCAGGAUAUCCCAAUAUAAAAAUUGUGAUUGGUCAAAUUGGAUGGCCUACAGAUGGAUAUCCACACGCCAAUGUUAAAAAUGCAGAGAGAUUUCACAAGGGGUUUUUGAAAUUUUUAGCAUCAAACAAAGGAACACCACUUAGGCCAGGGCCUAUAGACGCAUUUCUCCAUAGCUUGUCUGAUGAAAAUCAGUUUCGUACGAUGUUUGGUGCAUUUCAAAGGCAUUGGGGCAUUUACGAGUCAGACGGGAAUCCCAAGUACAAGAUUGAUUUCUCAUUACAGGACCGCGAUGAGUAUCCUACACAGGCUAAGGGCAUUGUAAAAAUGCCAAACCGAUGGUGCAAGUUCAAUGGGGACAGAUCAAACAUGAAUUUGGUGAAUAAGAAUUAUGAUCUUGCAUGCAAUGAAGCAGAUUGUACAAGACUGGAAAAAGGAGCUUCUUGUGAUGGACUAAGUUUUGAAUCCAAGAUUUCAUAUGCUUUUAAUGCAUAUUUCCAAAAGUACAAACAAAAAGUAGAAACUUGUGAUUUUGAUGGUUUAGGUGAAAUUGUUGCAACAAAUCCCACUGUGAAAGAUUGUGAGUUUCCCAUUGAGAUAUUGGCAUUCCAAGAUCAAGUAGAACUAAAUGGUAUGGUUUUAAGAAUUUGA